AAUUUCUUGAGGUUGGCAAAAAGCAACCUGCCCUGGAUGUUCUUUAUGAUGUUAUGAAAAGUAAGAAACACAGAACAUGGCAAAAGAUACAUGAGCCGAUUAUGUUGAAAUACUUGGAACUGUGUGUGGAUCUUCGUAAGAGCCACUUGGCUAAGGAAGGUUUAUAUCAAUAUAAGAACAUUUGUCAGCAGGUAAACAUUAAAUCUUUAGAAGAUGUUGUUAGGGCAUACUUGAAAUUAGCAGAGGAAAAAACUGAAGCUGCUAAAGAAGAAUCCCAACAAAUGGUGUUAGAUAUAGAAGAUCUAGAUAAUAUUCAGACGCCUGAGAGUGUUCUCCUAAGUGCAGUAAGUGGGGAAGACACUCAGGAUCGUACUGACAGAUUGCUACUGACUCCCUGGGUCAAGUUCCUAUGGGAAUCAUACAGGCAGUGUUUGGACCUUCUUCGAAACAAUUCUAGAGUAGAGCGCCUUUACCAUGAUAUCGCCCAGCAAGCUUUCAAAUUCUGCCUCCAGUAUACUCGAAAGGCUGAGUUCCGCAAGCUCUGUGACAACUUGCGAAUGCAUUUAUCUCAGAUUCAGCGCCACCAUAACCAAAGCACAGCAAUUAAUCUUAAUAAUCCAGAGAGCCAGUCCAUGCAUUUGGAGACCAGACUUGUUCAGUUGGACAGUGCUAUCAGCAUGGAACUAUGGCAGGAAGCCUUCAAAGCUGUGGAAGAUAUUCAUGGGCUGUUUUCCUUGUCUAAAAAACCACCUAAGCCUCAGCUGAUGGCAAAUUACUAUAACAAAGUCUCAACAGUGUUUUGGAAAUCUGGAAAUGCUCUGUUUCAUGCAUCUACACUUCAUCGUCUUUAUCAUCUGUCUAGGGAAAUGAGAAAGAAUCUUACACAAGAUGAGAUGCAAAGAAUGUCCACUAGAGUCCUUUUGGCGACUCUUUCCAUACCUAUUACUCCUGAGCGAACAGACAUUGCUCGGCUCUUAGACAUGGAUGGUAUUAUAGUUGAGAAGCAGCGACGCCUUGCAACACUGCUAGGUCUUCAAGCCCCACCCACACGAAUCGGCCUUAUUAAUGAUAUGGUCAGAUUCAAUGUGCUGCAGUAUGUUGUCCCAGAAGUGAAAGACCUUUACAACUGGCUGGAAGUAGAAUUCAACCCUCUAAAACUCUGUGAGAGAGUCACAAAGGUAUUAAAUUGGGUUAGAGAACAACCUGAAAAGGAACCAGAAUUGCAACAAUAUGUACCACAGCUACAGAACAAUACCAUACUCCGCCUUCUGCAACAGGUGGCACAGAUUUAUCAGAGCAUUGAAUUUUCUCGUUUGACUUCUCUGGUUCCUUUUGUUGAUGCUUUCCAACUGGAACGGGCCAUAGUAGAUGCAGCCAGGCACUGUGACCUGCAGGUUCGUAUUGAUCAUACUUCUCGGACUCUGAGUUUUGGAUCAGACUUGAAUUAUGCAACUCGAGAAGAUGCCCCAAUUGGUCCUCAUCUGCAAAGCAUGCCAUCAGAACAAAUAAGAAAUCAACUCACAGCUAUGUCCUCAGUACUUGCAAAAGCACUUGAAGUCAUCAAGCCUGCUCACAUUCUGCAAGAGAAAGAAGAACAGCAUCAGUUGGCAGUUACUGCAUAUCUUAAAAAUUCACGAAAAGAACAUCAGCGGAUUCUGGCUCGUCGACAGACAAUUGAGGAAAGGAAAGAGCGUCUUGAGAGUCUGAAUAUCCAGCGUGAGAAAGAAGAACUGGAGCAGAGGGAAGCGGAGCUUCAGAAAGUACGGAAAGCUGAAGAAGAGAGGCUGCGCCAGGAGGCAAAAGAGCGAGAGAAGGAACGGAUCCUUCAGGAACACGAGCAAAUCAAAAAGAAGACUGUUCGGGAGCGGUUAGAGCAGAUCAAGAAGACAGAACUGGGUGCCAAAGCAUUUAAAGAUAUCGACAUUGAAGACCUUGAAGAACUCGAUCCAGAUUUCAUCAUGGCCAAACAGGUUGAACAACUGGAAAAAGAAAAGAAGGAACUUCAGGAACGCCUGAAGAAUCAAGAAAAGAAGAUUGACUAUUUUGAAAGAGCUAAGCGUUUGGAGGAAAUUCCUUUGAUAAAGAGUGCUUACGAGGAACAAAGGAUUAAAGACAUGGACCUGUGGGAACAACAAGAAGAAGAAAGAAUUACCACAAUGCAGCUAGAGCGAGAAAAGGCUCUCGAACAUAAGAAUCGUAUGUCACGAAUGUUGGAAGAUAGAGAUCUAUUUGUGAUGCGACUCAAAGCUGCCCGGCAGUCUGUCUAUGAGGAAAAACUGAAACAGUUUGAAGAGCGGUUAGCAGAAGAAAGGCAUAAUCGCCUGGAAGAACGCAAAAGGCAGCGAAAAGAAGAACGUAAAAUAACUUACUACAGAGAAAAGGAAGAGGAAGAGCAGAGGAGAGCAGAAGAACAGAUGCUAAAAGAGCGAGAAGAAAGAGAGCGUGCUGAGAGAGCAAAACGGGAGGAGGAACUCAGAGAAUAUCAGGAGAGAGUCAAGAAACUGGAAGAAGUAGAAAGGAAAAAACGGCAGAGGGAGCUAGAAAUUGAAGAAAGAGAACGGCGCAGAGAGGAAGAGAGGAGGCUUGGUGAUGACCCACUUUCUAGGAAGGACUCUCGGUGGGGAGACAGAGAUUCAGAAGGUACAUGGAGGAAAGGGCCAGAAGCUGACUCUGAGUGGAGGAGAGGCCCGCCAGAGAAGGAGUGGAGACGAGGAGAGACUCGGGAUGAUGAGAGACCUCACAGGAGAGAUGAAGACCGCCUGAGACGCUUGGGGGAUGAUGAAGAGAGAGAAUCUUCUCUUAGACCAGAUGAUGAUCGAAUCCCCAGGCGUGGCCUGGAUGAUGACAGAGGGCCUAGGCGUGGUCCCGAUGAAGAUAGAUUUUCUCGUAGAGGAACAGAUGAUGACCGUCCAUCCUGGCGUAAUGCAGAUGACGAAGAUGAUAGGGGAAGCUGGUGUCACACAGAUGAUGACAGACCACCCAGACGGGGACUGGAUGAUGACAGAGGAUGCUGGCGUACAGCAGAUGAGGACAGAGGACCUAGACGUGGGAUGGAUGAGGAGCGGGGGCCGAGAUGAGGAGGUGCUGAUGAUGAACGGCCAUCCUCGCAUAAUGCUGAUGAUGGCCGGGGUUCCAGGAGGUGCAUGGAUGAUGUGGGUCCCAGGCGAGGGUUGGAUGAUGACCGAGGACCUUGGAGGAAUGCUGAUGAUGAUAGAAUUCCCAGGAUAGGUGCAGAUGAUGACCGGGGGCCUUGGAGAAAUAUGGAUGAUGAUAGGAUUCCCAGGCGAGGUGAUGAUGCAAGACCUGGCCCUUGGAGACCAUUCGUCAAGCCAGGUGGAUGGAGAGAGAAAGAAAAGGCUAGAGAAGAGAGUUGGGGUCCACCUCGAGAAUCAAGACCAUCAGAAGAACGUGACUGGGAUAGAGACAAAGAGAGGGAUAGAGACAGUCAAGAUCGAGAGGAGGACAAGGACCCUGAAAGAGACAGGGACCGAGACAGAGAUGGGGACCGGGAGGAUCGCUUCAGAAGACCCAGGGAUGAAGGUGGCUGGAGAAGAGGACCAGCAGAAGAAUCUUCAAGCUGGAGAGAUUCAAGUCGCCGUGAUGAUAGAGACAGGGAUGACCGACGUCGGGAAAGAGAUGAUCGACGUGAUCUGAGAGACCUGAGAGAAAGAAGGGAUUUAAGAGAUGAUAGAGACCGGAGAGGACCUCCCCUCAGAUCAGAGCGAGAAGAAGCAAGCUCUUGGAGACGAGCUGAUGACAGGAAAGAUGACCGGACUGAAGAUCGGGAUUUACCUCGUCGUGUUCCUCCCCCAGUUCUUUCAAGAGAGAGAGAGAGAGAACGAGAAGGUGAGAAAGAGAAAUCGUCCUGGAGAGCAGAGAAAGAUAGGGAGUCCCUUCGUCGUACUAAGAAUGAAACUGAUGAAGAUGGAUGGACCACAGUACGACGUUGAGUCCCAACAAUGAUGGAGUCAAACUUGUGUCUACAUAGGUUUGAUCACAUUCAAGGAUUAUUAUACUUGUGCUUCACCCAGUCUAAAUUGAAUUCUUUAAUGUUGUCUCACCAUAACACAAAAAGCAUGAACUUGUAUUAAUCAUAUAUAAUAGAUUGAUCAUGCACUGUAUUCACAGGAGGUUGAAAAACCAUUCCAUUUUCUGGAAUUUAAGGUGUUGCAUUAUUUCAUCAAUCAUUUGUUUAAAAAAAAACCUAAAAAAUAAAAAUGAACCCUUCAGGUGUUAACACCUAUAUCUUGGUAUACAAUUGAUCUUUUUGUUUUGUUUUGUUUCUAAAAUAUCAGAUAUUAAUUUGAAGGUAAGGUUCUGUUAAAAUAUUUGAAAACCCUUUAAGCCAAUGGGUCUGACAGCUUUCCCAUCAUUAGUGGGAACAUACCUUCUUAGGUAUUUACUAUUAACUACAUUUAGGCAGUUUUAUAGCUUCUGACCAGUGUAGUAGACAUUGCAAACACUGGUUGCAAUGGGGUUUUCUGUAGAGAGAGGUGAGUAUAAAGCAUUUUGUAGUCAUCAUGACAACACUGCUCAAGAGCAUAUCCAGAGCAGUACAGCUCUGGAUUCCUAGAGCAUUUGGUAAACUGUUGCUGUUUCUUUUUUUCUGUUGCCAAAAGAAAACUGCUUUCCACUAAUUCAUGCCUUUCAAGCCUUUUAAAUAUGACAAUAUUUAUAAAUGUGUGGUUUGGAGGAAUUGUUUAAAUUCUUUUUCCUAAUUUUCUUUCUUCAGGAUAGAUUAUUUCAACAAGUAAUUUGUAGUGAUGACUGUGUUGACUUCAAUUUUGGAGUGUAGUAGCUGUGUUAAAGAGUAACCAUUUGGUUUUAUUGAAGCCAACACAGAACUUGCUGCUGUGUUUUUUCUUCAGUGAUAAAUAAAAUACUUGCAUAAUUGGC